CUUACCAAACGGGGGGGAGAGUCCCGGAUGUUGGCUCGGCCGCCGAGAGAAAGGCGAACGGGAGAAGGCGGAGAGUAGCUGAAGAGGGACACCACGGCACCGCGGGCUCACCGGUGAAGCUAAGGCUACAGCGCUUCUUUUGCACAGGACGGUAACGUCAAUAACACAGGACCCUCCUGGGGAGCCCCUGCGAGCUGAAGAAGAAGAGGAGGUGGAAGGAAGGGGAGGGGGCAGUUACUCUCAAACUACCGACAGGAUUUAACAGACAGCCGCCGUCACAGCAAGCUUUCACCCAGAAGUUGACCUACGGAAGACAUCAUGCUGAUGAGCUGAGGGAGCCUUCAUCCUCAAGCUGUCACUCGUCUCUGUUUGUUAUUCCGCACCUGGUCCACUCUCCAUCAGUCACCGAGCGCCAACAGCAACCACCACCACCUCCACCUUUUCCCCGCCCCCCUCCGGCCCAGCCUGCCGUCACCAUGACGUCGGAGCUGGAGAGCAGCCUGACCUCCAUGGAUUGGCUUCCUCAGCUGACCAUGCAGGCGGCCAUCCGCAAGGCGGACGCCCAGAAUGCCCACGGGCCAGGCAUGGGCAAGAAGAGCGCCAUGCUGGAUCCUAACACCACGCUGGACCAGGAGGAGGUGCAGCAACACAAGGACGGCAAGCCGCCCUACAGCUACGCCAGCCUCAUCACGUUCGCCAUCAACAGCUCGCCAAAGAAGAAGAUGACACUGAGCGAGAUCUACCAGUGGAUCUGUGAUAACUUUCCCUACUACAGGGAGGCGGGCAGUGGCUGGAAGAACUCAAUACGGCACAAUCUGUCAUUGAACAAGUGUUUUCUCAAAGUGCCUCGCUCCAAAGAUGACCCAGGAAAGGGCUCUUACUGGGCCAUUGACACCAACCCGAAGGAGGACGCCUUGCCUACACGGCCAAAGAAGAGGCCGCGGUCUGGAGAGCGGGCUUCUACGCCGUACAGCCUGGAGUCGGAGUCUUUGGGGAUGGAGUGUAUGAUCUCUGGAAGUGCCUCUCCAACACUGGCAAUCAACACUGUGACUAACAAGGUGGCGUUGUACAACACAGACCAGGAAGGGAGCGAUAGUCCAAGAAGCAGCCUUAACAACAGCCUGUCGGAUCAGAGUCUGGCCUCCGUCAAUCUCAACAGUGUGGGCAGCGUGCACAGCUAUACACCGGUGACCACUCACCCAGAGCCCGUGUCCCAGGCCAUGAGCCUGCAGCAGCCCCCCCAGUCCCAGUACAACAUGCCAGACAGGGACAAGCAGCUCCUGUUCUCCGAAUUUGAAGAUCUCAGUGCCUCUUUCCGCAGCCUUUACAAGUCUGUUUUUGAGCAGUCCUUCAGCCAACAAGGUCUGAUGGGCAUACAGUCCGAUUCCUCCCAGCAGACCCACACCUCCUGCUCCUAUCAGCACUCCCCCGGCGGCAACAUUAGCACUCAGAACAGCCUCUCAAACAACCAACCCAACAACAGCCACUCUGCCAACAGUGGCCAGGUGCCCCUGUCCCACCCUGCCCAGGCCCACCCUGGCCACGGCUCGCCCCACGCACAGCACCUCCCGCAGCACGGCGGCCCCCACACCCAACACAGCCAACACGCCCAGCACAGCCAACACAGUCAGCUCCCCCAGCACCCCCAGCACGCUGCGCACUCCCAGCACGGGCAGCACCCAUCGCAGCACCCGUCCCACGGCCAGCACCCACAGCAACACACGCCACACCCCUCCCAACACACGCAGCACAGCCAGCACCCACCGCAGCACGGGCAGCAGCACCCGAGCCUCUCCCUCCAGCCCCAUCCUACCCAGCAACAGAUGGCCUGCAACCCAGGUUUACUGUCUGACUGGUACCCAAAUCUGGAUGCACUGAAAGAAAGCUGUCGUAUUGCUAGCAGCUAUAACUGGGCUGAUGUCGACCUUUCACCUUUCCAAGGGUUGAGAGAUAGUAUGAGACAAGCGGAGUUGAACAAUUGGUCCCUGGAGCCCACCCAGAUCGCCGACCUCUGCUCGUCCAUCAACCAGUUCUUUGCCCGCACCGGUGUAAUCCAGCCACAGGGGGCAGUGCAGCCUCCUGUCUGUCACGGCUCCAUGCACCCCAACAAACCCAGCCAGCACCUCAACACAGGAAAUAUCUACAUGGACACCAGACAGAGCAUGUCCAUGAUGGGUCCUCCAGGAUAUCCCCACAUGACCCCUAUGAGCGGCACAGGACCCGCAAUGACAGGACACCAUGCACAGAUGAACCAGCAGCACAUGAUACCUACCAGAAACUUCCAGAUGCAUCGCAUGCCAGCUGAUGACAUCCAGGACGACUUUGAUUGGGACUCCAUCGUUUAGCCCCUUAAAAUCUCCUUUCUGCAAAACAAAAGGGAGCGAGGAGAGGAGUUGGAGGCCAGAGGAAGCCAGGCUGAGCUGAGAGGCCGCAGGAGGAGGAGGAGGAGGAGGAGGAAGAGGAGGCCGCUGUGGGUGGGAGGCAGAAGAACGUUUGACAAGCUUAAGAGACAGACAGACUUCACAGCCCUGACAUUUCUACAAAAAGCAAAACAUACCUAGAAAAAGUUACUUUGAAGACAAUCAUAUUCAGUUGGACAUGUUAAAGUGCUUGUGUACUUGUCUAGAGACGAGUAGAACACAUUGACGUCUAAACCACUCGCUCCUCAGCUCCUCAGCCGGCCCUCCCCCCGUCCCUCGCCAGCAGCCUUCCAAAGUCCGAACCCCUCUCCCCCCCCGACCCCCUGCUCCGUAACUGUUAUGUGAUUUGAGCGACGUGUUCAGCUUGUAAUUCUUCUCGUGUUGACAUUGGCCUCCGCUGCCUCUUGGAUGAGUUUAUCUCUCUUUUAUCUUUUAAAAACAAUUUGGUUUUGUUUCUUUUGUUUUGAAGAAACACAGGCCGUCUCUGUGAGUAAUGUGAUGGUCACGUUUGGGAGAAAGUGGGCCCCACUGUGGCUGAGUUGGUGGAAAAGUGAGGUUUACAAUAACUUUGAACAGGGUGUUAAAUGUUUAAGCAGGCUUGAUAUUAUACAAACCGAGAGAGGAGGUGAGAGGGAGAUCACAGAAAGUAUGGUGAUCUGUUUUCAAAGCCAACCAUCGUGAUCAGGCUCACUGCAACAGACCAGUGAUGGGGAGUACAACAGCUUUUUCUUUUUUGAACUUGUUCUCUGUCUCAAGCACUUCAAGACGCGUGAGAAUGAUGAGUGAGAAGGUGAAGCAGGGAAGUCAAAUAUCUCUAGUCUUUUUUAAUUCACUCCACCCAAAGUAACAUGUCGGGUCUCUGUGUGCAUCGUGUCGGAAAAUAAUUGCUUUACCUAUCAGAAACUGUUUUAACGUGAAACAAAUUCCCGUUUUUAUGGUGAAGUUGACUUUAAGGUGACUAUUCUAUUGAUCAUUACACAAGCCACCAUCGUUCAGAGACAAUGAAAAGUCGAUUUGGACGUAUUGGUAAUGCUAACAUCAUCCGCUUAUCACAAAUACAUCGAUAUUAGCAUUUAUGUCUGCUAAUAAGUACAAGUUGGUUUUCAAACAGUUUGCACCGCUCAGCAUGUAUCAUGGCGACAGUUUCAGAGACACUUUAAUGUUAAAAAACUUAACAACGGCCAAUAUAUCAUUAUGUUAUUAUGUAUCAUAGUAAACAUAUAGUAAUUUGGGGAGUAAUAUGACAAGAUUGUUUGGUAGAUACACUUCUCAGGAUGAAACGGCUGAACUGGCUCUGACUGAAGCUAACAAAGUCUGCCUCUAAAGCUCACUCACAAACACAUUAUAUCUCCAAAAACUGAACGGUUUGACGUUUACAGGGGGGGGGGGGAAAUGUGCUGGACUAUAUUUCAGAUGGUUGCUAUGACUCCCUGGAGAUAUAAUGUGGUCAUUUCUUAACUUUAAAGGUUCUGGUUGGCUGAUUCUGCGUUAGCGCUAGACAGAGCCAUGCUAGCUGCUUCUCUGUCCUGUUCCUCCAGAAGUGAGAUUGGUUUAGAGCUAAUCUUCUAACUCUACCCAAGAAAGCGUAUAAACAUAAUUUCUAUAAUGCCAAACUAUUCGUUUAAACAAUUGUGUAAAAUUGUAUGCGACCCAUGUUAUAAUUGUUUUAACUAGUGAGAGAAACAAGGAAAAGUAAUGAGCCUGAAUGCAAUUUUUAGAGUUCUGUUUUCCAGCCUUGCCGAUUUGAAACAUUGCUAGUGGACAAAUAAAAUGUGUUUGUAUAAAGACUAAUGAAGGGUGGUGAAGCUUCUUAAACGUGCCAUUACUGGAUUGGUUAAUGAUCAAUAGGAUAUGCAUCAAAUGGUGUUUCCAUUUGAAAAAGGUAAAAAACAAAAAAAACAUUAUUUACCGAACUCUCCUUUUUUAAUAAAUGAAAUCCAAAUCCACCUAUCGCACAUCAAAGCGAUAUUUCGAUGCUACACGUGUUCAUUGUCACUCCUGACAUUCAAAUGACAGAGAUAAGAAUCUUUCAACUGCCCUGUGUUUUGUUGUGAUGGUUCGAUAGCGUCAGAAUUUGCUAUUAUACAAUCAUAACAGAAUGAGAAAUGUGACUCAUACAAUGUGUGUGUGCGUGUGUGUGUGUGUGUGCGCGUGUGUGUUGGUUGAACAUAUGGUGUGUGUGGGUGUUUUGGUUUUAUUGUCAUUUUAGGGCUAUGAUUGAUUGCUGCAAUCAUCUCUAUGCUAUCUACGAGCACAAAAGCAGAUGCACACAGUGAUUAAAGAAUAGAUUUCAGACAUGUUUUUUUUUUUUUGUGGGAAGGGUUUCCAAAGCACAGAACAGGGAGAUCCGCGGUUCUGGAAACCUGUCCUCUGCGUCCUGAAACAAGUGGCUCCUCAAUCAGACAGGUGCUGAACCUUAGAGACACUAUGUUAAAAAGAGCCCUUUGCACACUUACACUUUCUGUUGAUCCGUUUCUAAGAUGCAAAGCACCUCCUGGAUCUCAAAGCUAUCUGACCCUACAGUUGACAAUAAACAGGAUUGUUCCUGCUCUAUUCUAUACUGGUAAACUAUGUACAGUGUGGUGCUUUGCAUCUACUACACUGUGUCCUUAUCGAAAGGAUUAGUUUCACAUUCUGGGAUGUUUUUUGAAGCUCCAGCCGGCAGACUGUCAGCAUUAGAACUGGAAACGUUGGGAAAUGAGCUAGUGUGACUAUAGGUAGCGAAAUAUGCCUGCAACCUCACCAAAAGUAUUUACUUAACACGUAUUAUCUCAUGUGUUUAUCUGUUUGAAAAAGACAAAACAAAAACUUUUUACAGUAGGUUAUGUGUUGGACUAUUUAAUGUCCAUUUGCAGUAACUUCCUGGAGUUGUAAAAUGUUAAUUACUGAGCUUUCGAGGUGCUGGUGAGUAGAUUCUGGCUGGCUGUUCCCUCUGUUUCCAGAUUUUAAGCUAAGCUAAGCUAACUGUCUGCUGUUUGUAGCUUCAUAUUCUAAAUACAGACAUCAGUGCGGUUUUCCCAUAUUUACCAAAAUGUCUAACUAUUCCUAUAAAGAUAAUUUCCCAACUAGGGACUCCAGCAACAACGUUUAGGUUUUUAUUUCAUAUUUUGAAUGACAAUCAUGGAUUCUUUUUCUAUGAUAUUACACAAUGUCUUUGUUAUUGUGAGAAAAGGCAUGUUCAAAUCUCACACGGUUGUUUUAUUGGAUAUUAUAGAACCAGAUGUUUUUACAUUUGAACACAGAAGGUUAUUUGAAACUCGAACCAGCCCAGUUUUAUAUUGUCGGUCUUCUGUUAAACUGUCCACAGCUGCACUGUGCGGAUGAAGUCAAGUUCUCUUCUUUCAACUGAUGAUACUGCCAUUCAUUUUUAUAUUUUCCUGCCAAUCAUACAGUGACUGUCCACUCCUGCUACUUUCUGCUCCGUUUUGUCUGUCUUUGUAUAUCAAAUGUCCGCCUGUGGAUCUCAACUAUGAGUUUUGUUCAACUGCCAGAAUUUCCUCAUUAGUGCUCAGACAAAAUACGUCAGUCCGUUAAAUGACCCAAAUCAUAGCUCCUUUAGUCGAGUGGGGGGGCCAAUCGACUGCCACUGAAGACAGCCGUGAAAAAACAUCAAUGUGUUUUCAUUAGGACUCUUUGGACCGACAGUAGAGAGCGUCCUGUGAGUCCUUGGUUGGUGUGAAGUGUGUUUCAGUUCUUCCAGGUGAAGAUUGUGAAAAUGCACAGAAGCUACUGUUUGAGCACAGCAGCACAUUGGGAAAACAAAAAAUAUUUUAGUGAACGGAUGUGGCUAAAAGGGAAAAAGGUGAAGACAAUGACUGGAUCACAAUCACAAUGUUAUGUGUGUGUGUGUGUGUGUGCGUGUGUGUGUGUGUGCUUGUGUGAGAUUUAGUUGUUUUUCAAAAGACAAUUUAAGUUUUUAAAAACCGCUGGACAUGUACCUGCCAGAGAGAUUACAAUUAUUGGGAAAAAAAGAUUAAAAGAUAAAAAAGCCUCGUCACGAUAUGGGAGAGAACUGCCAACAAGUACUGCUGAUUGGGGCCUAUUUUAUUCAGUGCUGGUGUGUUGUUGUGCUUGUACAUAUAUGUCUUUUCAAUCAUCCCUUUUUUCCUCUCGGGGGUGGGGUAUCAAGGCUGGGGGUGGGUCUUAUUCAUGAAAGACAGGAGCGAAAAGAAUAGAGUAUUUUGUUAUUGUCCAAUCAGAGGGUGACAGUAUGUAUAUAUCUAUAUUGUAUAUAUGUGAUGAAAAUGCGUUGGCUUUUUGUGUGACACUACCUUUUACCUGUACUAUGGUUCUACAUUCAGUGUUUCAGUGUUGAUAAUAUAUAUUUGGUUUGUGUUUUAUUUUUCUGUUUGUUUGAUUUUGUCUCUGUCAUUUCUUGUAUUUUUUUCUCCUAUUUUUGUUUAUUGCACGGUUUAUUACUUUUGUUGUCCAAUGAGAUGACACAGCUACUCUCUGUAUUUGUUAAGUGCUGUAAAAUAACUCAAGUGUUAUUAGAAUUGUCGAUACCACCGCCCACCCCACCCCCUUCCCCAAUAUGCAUGAAUGGCACUUAAAGAAAUAAAAUAUGGUAACUUCACUGU